GGUUGAGAUGCGAUUGAGGGGUCCAUAGCAAUUUGACAGCUUCACAGGUGAGACAACCGUCCAGAGGCGUUCAUUUUACAUUUCAGUGUUUUCCGGAGCACAUCUCACUGUGAGCCUGGGGUUACCACAGUCAAAAAACAACCAAUCGAAGUCUAAUCAUUCCGGCAGCAUGAGUAAAAUGAAAAAGGACUGGAAGACUGAGAAAGAGCGACUUCUCCGUCUAGAUUGGGAAGAGAGACGUAAGGAGUAUCGCUGUCAAGAUUAUAUACCACUGGACAAGAUUCCAACCUGGAGAGAGGAAAACAGAUCCAAUGACGACGGGAGCGAGCUGACAGGUGGUGGUGGGAUCAGUGAUAAGGUGUCUCUCCAUAAAGGCGAUAUUACUCUCUUGGAGGUGGAUGCCAUAGUCAACGCAGCAAAAUCCAGUCUUCUGGGAGGAGGGGGAGUUGACUUCUGCAUACACAAAGCGGCGGGGACCUGCCUCUAUGAUGAGUGUCGCUCACUAAACGGCUGUGAAAUCGGCAAAGCCAAGAUCACCUGCGGCUACGAUCUCCCUGCAAGAUACGUGAUCCACACCGUGGGACCCGUGGCCAAGAACCACGUGGGCCAAACCGAGCGCGACGACCUGGCCUCCUGCUACAAGAACACCCUCAUGCUGAUGGCGGAGAACAACCUGAGGACCGUGGCCUUCCCAUGUAUAUCCACAGGCAUCUAUGGGUUCCCCAACCUCCCUGCAGCUGACAUCGCUCUGAACACAGUGAAGAACUGGAUCGAACACAACUCCGAAAAGAUCACGCGGGUCAUUUUCUGCGUCUUCCUUGAGACCGACUUUCACAUCUACAAGGAUAAAAUGAGUGAGAUGUUUAAAGACAACGUCCCCGAGACUGCAGAGGAGCCGCCGAAGGGAGACGAGACGCCACCACCUGCAAAAUCCACAGCCAAGGAGGAGAGUGGGGACGGGGACAGAGGUAAGUGUGCCGGUAAAGAGGAAGCAGGUGCCAAAGGAAAGAAUGACAACGGUUCCGCGGCGAGCGAGGGGAACGACGUGCCGAUGGAAAGCCAGAACCCAGAUGACGAUGGAGGAAAUGAGGAAGAAGGUCAAGACCAAGAUAUGACUGAGAGCAGAGAUCUCAGCGGCAAAGAUGAAGACAAGGAUGAAGACAAAGGCACGGACAACGAUAUAAACAAGGAAGCAGUCAAAGAGGAAGAGCAAGCCCCUGCACAGAAAGCAGACGACAACCUAGCCGAGCCCACUGUGUCCAUGGAAGUUGCUGCAAAUAACACUGACACCAGCAAUGACGAGGAGAUGAAAGAUUCUGUCAAGAGCGCAGAAGAACCCGACUCCAUUCCGACUGUCAGCAUUCAGCCCAAAGAAACUACUGAGGAUGCAGAGAAGAAGGAAUGACCGGCUGAGGGGAAGACAAUCAACCUCAUCUGACAGCCAACAAACUGUGCGAAGGCCAACCGCACUGGUGUCAGUCUGGCGUCUGACACUGGCCCAGGAAAAACCAGUUUCUCACACGAUGCUCACAUUCCCGACUUUACUUUUCCCGUCUUUGUUAAGAAUCGACUCAUCCCUGAAGUAUGUAUGUGCUGUAUAUGUAUGUAUGUACAAAAGCUUACUCUAGGACUUGAACAUAUCAAUCAGAAAAGACGAGCCAUACCUCACUGUGCGUUAGCGUCAUUCGCCCUCUCCCCAGCUGACAAUCCAGGUUCUGAUCCAUUUACUGUGAGCGCAUGGCUGCUGCUGCGUUGCCAGGACAACCGCCACAGCCCCUACACGUCGACACCCGAGGCUGGGUGACGCUCCGCGUCACACGUCCUUUCGUUCUCCACACAACAAACACAGUGAUGAUGACAUCCCACCUGACAACACCUGCAUUUAGACGCAUCCUCAGAGAGUAACACGCCGACACCUGCCAUGUCUCCACACGCGCUGCAGCAGCUCGGCCCUGCUCCUCCGUCAGAACCCACGCGGCCCGUGAGGCGGGCGCCUCGGUCCCGCCCGCUUUAUCCUAAUGGUGUUCCGCCGCCCGCUGCUUCUCUAACCGCAGCAGGAAGCUGUUCUUCAGCACAGAGGAUGUGUGGUCUUUUAACAAACACACUCGUUCCUUCCUCCCUCCUCACCUGCUCUUCAGUGCAUGCCGGAAAAAAAAUUGCUCUGAACGUCACAGACAUAAACGGGAAUUAUGGUCUCCAUCGCUUUCGCUUGUCUCCUUACCAGAUAAUCUAUAACUGUAUUGAAAGAAAAUUUGCCUUAUUUCAUAUCAAACUACAAAAAGCGCGCUCACAGACGUACGGUGAUGGUCCAGGUAUGAGUUCUUGGUUGGGUUUUGCUUGCAGAUGAUUUGUAAUUUUCAUUACAUCAUAUAAUGGCUAAUACCUGUUGUUAAUGAUUUGUUUUUCUCCUCGGUUGAUUUAGAAAUGGGUUUGGCUCCUUUUUAAAUGUUGUUAUGAUUAAUGAAUAAUUUUCAGUGGUGCCACACUAAAGAUCAGACGACUUACAGUUCUAUGAAAAGAUGCCUUCAUACUUUGAUGUUUGCUUUGCUAAACUAUAACGAAUAAAGUUUAAGGUGAAAGCUUUGA